AUGGCGAACACGCGCUCCGCAAAAGAGGUCAUAGCUGCCUUGAACCUGGCCCCGCACCCGGAGAAGGGCUAUUUCGUUGAGUCAUUCCGAGAUGCCCACCUCUCGUCCGACAGGCGGUCAUAUGGCACCUGUAUCUACUACCUUCUUGAGGGCGAGACUGGCCUCUCGCACUGGCAUCGUGUGCUAGACGCUACUGAGGUCUGGCACUAUUACGCCGGCGCGCCACUGCAGCUUUCGCUGUCCUGGGACGAUGGGAAGCCGGUGAGGGACGUGGUGUUGGGCAACGAUCUCUGGAACGGUCAGAGACCUCAAGUUGUUGUUGAGGUGGGGGAGUGGCAGCACGCGGUCAGCCUAGGGGAGUGGACGUUGGUGGGGUGCACUGUAUCGCCGGCGUUUACAAUGGAAUCCUUCGAGAUGGCCAAGGAGGGGUGGGAGCCCCGCGGAGCGGCCAGCUCCUGA